GCCCCUUUCAGGUAUUCUAUGCGCUAAGGGCUAAGGCUUGCUACUCGUUUUACCCCUCUGGCUGAAUACAUUCACGAUCUUUGAGUGGACCAGGUUGCAGCAGCCCCAGUAUGGUGUUAAAUCGUUGCUUGCUAUUCGUGCAGUGCCUCGCCUGUUUUGCUGAUCACACCUUCUGGGAUGUUACAUGACGUGGAUUAGCUUCGUCUGACCUUGCUCCGUCCUUUCUGGCCGGGCACGAGAAGUCUACCGAUUGCUUGCUUUGGGACUACCUUAUGACUGCGAUAAGUGAUGGUUCCGGCGUGUCCCUCUUCAAACUUCAGCAUUUCACUCUGCCCGGUGACAUGCUCUUGAUCAGCCAAUAACCGUCAAGUGCCAGACUGUGACGUCAGCAACCAGGAGUAUAAAUAUCCUGCGCAUCAAUCCAUUCUUUAGUGGGCCAGAUUGCAGCAGCACCAGUACGAUGGUAAACUGCCGCUUGCUCUUCGUGCAGAGAAACUGGAAAGUGAUAUGCCUUGUGGGCAUUUUUCUAGUGAUGGUUGCUUCACAAAUAGUAAAGGCAGAACCUCCAGCUGUUUCAACGUGCUACUCUAUAUGCUACCGAGAGAAACCGAAGUCAUUUUGCCUCGUCAAGCAAAAUGGAACAUGUACAUGCACCUGCGUCACUACCAUUGUUCCUUGUCGGCCUUUGCUCAGCCAGAGUUGCGGCCCUAACAACACACAACGUUGCACUGAUGGAAAGGAGUUGUGCCUCUGCCGUUGUGGAAACGCCCAAGCACCUACCAAUUCAACGUUCCGGAAGCGCGACAUUUUGAUAUCCUUUCAAUAUGGAGUUUUCUUACACGACAGUUCAACACUCGUUUUGUGCAUAUUAUUGUUUAGGGCACAGGUUAUCAAGGAGCUGUUGUGUUAAAGGGAUUUUGUGGUUCAAGUUCGACGAAUCAGUUUUUUAGCCCCAGAUGGGAAAUGUUCAAGUCUGAGUCCGAAACUUCCACAGCUAAUACCAUGAACGAAAUCACGCAGUAAUACGUAUGGUAAUAGUUGACCACGUUGAAACUCUUGAGCUGCUGUACAAAAAGUGAGUGGGGCUUUGGUCUAGAAAUGAUGGUUAGAAGUGAUGUAGUUGAUGCUUUAUUGCUCUGUGCCAAAGCCCUAAUCCUGGGCCCAUCCUACAUUAUGGGUAUGUGCCAGGUGAAGGCUGAUCAUUAUCAUUGUCAUGUACACUUAUUUGCUGAUGUCGACAUGGUUUUCAUAAACCCGAAAACAAAGACUGGCACGCCAAUGACCGCCAUAUUGUCCAGAACAUCUUCUAUGCCAUGCACAUUUUAUUAUACUUUUACAGUGACAUCUUCAUAUCAUCUUAUCAUCUUCACAUUUUUUAUACGAAUCUGCAAAAUACAUGCACAGACACCUGAGUUGUUGCAAUAAGUGCGGAACACAAGAAACCUGCAGAAAUUGUCCAGUGGAGUUUAUCAAUAGCUCAGUGGUAAGCGCACCAUACUCACUAAUGCUAAUCGCAGCAGUGGUAUAGGUUCGGAUUCUUCAGGUGGGGAUUGAGGGCAACAUUUAAGUUUUCUUCGCUAUAUGGAAAUUGUGAAUCUGGGUAUAACGAGGAGACGUGAUAGUUACCAUGGACGUGCUCAGCGUAAUCGACGUAUGGGCCGGAGGGAUGCAGAAGGGGAACCCUGUUUCGAGCACGGACCUGUUUUGUGGUAAAAUAACAAUCGUCUACUGAUCCUGGGCAUAGUUCUUGCUUUGAAAACGAUUACUUUACGUGGGAUUGCAUGAAAAUUUCAUUUGCAGGACCUAAAUAAAUCACUCGUAGCCUCAGCUUUCGUAAGUUACGCAAGUCUAUGGAAUACGCAAUAGAUUGCCGAUUGUUGAGGUAAUUAUGCGCUGUACACGUUUGUCUGAUCAGUACGCAUAUUGUAGCAUGCACAGAAACUUAGAACGUGGGACCUUUAGUGCAACCACAAAUGAAAGCUCCAACAUCGGUCAGCUAUUUGCCUACAUCGGUCCUUACCGGCACAUUCUAGGCUGCGUAUUGGCCAGCUAAUGAUUCUGUCACGGUAUGACGAAAUUACCGGCAGCUAUUGUUGUCUUGUUCAAAUGACCACGUUAUUGUGGUCUUGUACACAAGCGUAACGAUAACGCUUGUGUACAAUUUUACAUUGCUGGUAUUGUUACAACAUGGCAAGGAUUGCAAGGCUGUUUUAUAUUUUUGCCAUAUAUUUUUCAGAAGCGGCGAAAUAAGCUCCCGUGCGUGUAUGAAGUGGACAACUACCUUGUACUUCAUAAUCAGUCGAGUGUUAGGAGCUCCAGUCAUUUUGGCCAAUAAAGCUUUUCUUUAUAGAAGGUA